CAUUCCCACACCGCCAAACUCCACACGGCGACUCUUCACCGCACCACUGCCUGCCAAAAAAUCCGAAUAUCUGGGGAUUGUCCACUUCGAAACUACAACCGCAAAUUCCCAGGUCAAGUUUCCGGAUCACCAGUCAAAAUGCCCCCCAAGAAGGUCGCCCGUCCUGCCCAGGAGAACAUCUCCCUCGGCCCCCAGGUUCGCGAGGGUGAACUUGUCUUUGGCGUUGCGAGAAUCUUCGCCUCGUUCAACGACACCUUCGUCCACGUCACCGAUCUGAGUGGCCGCGAAACCAUCUGCCGUGUUACCGGUGGUAUGAAGGUCAAGGCCGAUCGUGAUGAGUCCUCUCCCUACGCUGCCAUGUUGGCUGCUCAGGACGUUGCGGCCCGCUGCAAGGAGCUUGGCAUCACUGCCCUCCACAUCAAGAUCCGUGCCACUGGUGGUAACGGUACCAAGACUCCCGGCCCCGGUGCCCAGUCCGCUCUCCGUGCCCUUGCCCGCUCCGGCAUGAAGAUCGGCCGCAUUGAGGACGUUACCCCCACUCCCUCCGACUCUACUCGCCGCAAGGGUGGUCGCCGUGGUCGCCGUCUCUAAGUUAUUGGGACAGCGGUGGUUGCAUUUUUCGGGCUGGACUUGGUUCAUAUCUGGGUUUCACUGUGGCGUUGACAACUACGAGGGGAACGGCGUGGGAUUGCCUGGUCUCCAUAUUCUUGCGUUUGUCACAUGUUGCCUUUGGCACGACUGCAGUUGAUGAAAGAAAGAAUCAAAAGAAGGUGCUACUGAAGUAGCCACCCAAAAAG